UUGGAGGAAGUGAAAUGAGCCUACUCUGAGCUAGCAUAGCGCUAAGCAUGUCUACAACCCGAAUGGUUCCUUCUUGCUAUAGUUAUUAUUUAUAAUAGAAUAUAUGUGAAAAUGUAUAUAGAUAUUAUGAGCUGUUCCGCAGGAUUCGCGUUAGUUCAGUGUUAGGUCAUUUGACAAAGUACCCGUCAGGGUUCUCGGAGUCAUAUGCUAGACUGUAAACGUCAACUUUCUAACGAAAGUUCAGCUGCUUCUGGGAGUUAGAGCUGUCCGAGAGAGUGUUCAGACCAUGAAGACAAAUAAGUCUUAUAAACUUGUGCUGCACAAGAAAGGUUUUGGUGGAAGUGAUGAUGAGCUGGUUGUCAACCCAAAAAUCUUCCCUCAAGUCAACCUGGGAGACAUAAUAGAGAUUGCGCACCCUACAGAUGAGUACAGUCCUCUCCUGCUGCAGGUAAAAAGCCUAAAGGAGGAUCUUCAGAAAGAGACAAUCAGUGUGGACCAGACUGUAGCACAGGCCUUUAAGCUCCGUGCCUAUCAGGAUGUUAUUGUAAAUAUUGUUGACCCAAAGGAGGUAACACUCGACCUGGUGGAGCUGACAUUUAAAGAUCAGUACAUUGGCAGAGGGGACAUGUGGAGGCUAAAGAAGAGUCUGGUGAGCACAUGUGCUUAUGUGACUCAGAAAGUGGAGUUUGCAGGAAUCAGAGCCCAGGCCAGUGAAUUAUGGGUGAAAGGAGAAAAAGUGACUUGUGGCUACAUUAGCGAGCAUACCAGAGUGGUGUUUAGAUCAACAUCUGCUAUGGUUUACAUCUUCAUCCAGAUGAGCUGUGAGAUGUGGGACUUUGACAUAUAUGGGGAUCUGUACUUUGAGAAGGCUGUCAGCGGUUUCCUGUCUGACCUGUUCACUAAAUGGAAGGACAAGAACUGCAGUCAUGAAGUGACCGUUGUGCUCUUUUCACGCACAUUUUACAAUACAAAAACAUUGGAGGAUUUUCCUGAGAAUCUGAGAGGAUCCAUCAGACAGAAUCAUGAGGGACGGUAUUAUGAAGACUUCUAUAGGGUCGUGGCUCAGAAUGAGAGACGAGAUGAGUGGACCUCGCUAUUGGUUACCAUCAAGAAACUCUUCAUUCAGUACCCUGUUCUGGUGCGACUUAAAGAAGCAGAUGGUUUUCCUGUGGGCUAUAAUUCCACUGCUGUGCAGGGAAACUACCUGGAGGCCAUUAAUCUUUCUUUUAAUGUGUUUGACAAGCACUACAUCAACCGUAACUUUGACCGCACCGGCCAGAUGUCAGUGGUCAUCACUCCUGGAGUAGGCGUGUUCGAAGUUGACCGUCUGCUUAUGAUUCUCACUAAACAGCGAAUGAUUGAUAACGGGAUCGGUGUGGACUUGGUGUGUAUGGGAGAGCAGCCGCUGCACGCUGUGCCGUUGUUUAAGCUGCACAACAAGACAACACCCAGAGACUCGCGUGCAGGAGACGACUACAACCUUCCACACUGGAUCAACCACAGCUUCUACACGUUCAAAAGCCAGAAUUCCUGUAGCUCGUUCACUCCUCGGAUCAAGCUGGCUGGUUGGAAGCCUCAUGCUGAGACACUAAAGAGCAGCAAAGACCACUCUCUUUGUUCACCAAAGGACUCAGACAACAGUCUACCUAUACAGGUAGACUACGAUGCCUAUGAUGCUCAGGUGUUCAGACUUCCAGGUCCAUCACGGAUUCAGAGGAGCACCAUCUUGAGGAUGGGUCGAGACAAAGAUUCAAGUGGGAGGAAGAGCUGGGGCUCUGUGGACAUCAGCACAGGUAUCGGUACUUCUCCCCCUGUUCGCUCAAUGGGGGCAGAGGAACAGCAAAGCCUUGCCUCAGAUGAUAGUCUGGGUCCUGUGUCCAACAUGCUGCUGAUACCCCGGGGUCCUCCAGCACAAUAUGAAGUCAGUAGCUCUCUUGGAUAUACCAGCACCAGAGACUUACUGGAGAAGAUGAUGGACUCUCAGCGGGACUCCAGUGCCCCAGGCAGGUUCACAGUGGGUAGUGCUGAGUCCACCUUGCAUAUCCGUCCUGGAGGUUAUGCUCCUCAGAGAGCUCUCAUAAACCCCUUCACACCAUCCAGGAUGCCUAUGAAGCUUACUUCCAACCGGCGGCGUUGGAUGCACACGUUCCCUGUUGGUCCUUCUGGAGAGGCAAUCCAGAUCCAUCACCAGACCAGACAGAACAUGGCUGAGCUACAGGGCAGCCAGCAGAAAGAUCCAACUCAUACCUCUGCUGAACUACUGGAGCUGGCUUAUCAUGAGGCCACUGGAAGGCGAACAACCUCCAGGCAGGUGGGCGAAAAUGGCCUUUACACAUGUGGAGGAACAGACGAGUUCACUGGAAGUCCAGGGAGCAACAACAGCAGUGGACCUCUAAGCAACCGAAGCUCCUCAUUUCAAGACUUUUCCAGCAGUGGUGCUGAUCCAACCCUGCUGCUGUCUGCACCCCCGACAGUGCCCAGCUUCUGCUGCACGGUGGGGGUGGACUGGAAGUCCUUGACCACACCCGCCUGUCUGCCCCUCACCACCGACUACUUCCCUGACCGUCAAACGCUGCAGAAUGACUACACUGAAGGCUGCUACGACCUGUUGCCACACAGUGAAUUAGAAAGACGAGAAGAUGAAGCUCCCGUGAUGACGGCAUCGCAGGUGUUUGAAGAGUUUAUCUGUCAGAGGUUAAUGCAGGGAUAUCAGAUUAUCGUCCAAACAAACAACAGAAAACCACCACCUGCAGUGGCCACACCCCUUGGAAGUAGUCCUCUGUACACCAGAGGCUUGGUUUCCUUGCGCCGAGCAGAGGAGGAGGAAACAGUUUACUGGCUCAGCAUGGGCCGCACCUUCCAUAAAGUCUGCCUCAGAGACAAGAUCAUCACUGUGACUCGCUACCUACCAAAGUAUCCAUGUGAAUCAGCUCAGAUCCAGUACAGCUACAGCCUGUGUCCUCCACACUCAGAUGCUCAGUUUAUUUCCUGCUGGGUGGAGUUUGGACAUGAGCGGCUGGAGGAAUACAAGUGGAACUACCUGGACCAGUAUAUCUGCUCUGCUGGCUCUGAGGACUUCAGCCUGAUUGACUCACUGAAGUUCUGGAGGACCCGCUUCCUCCUGCUGCCAACUGGAGGGGCCCGGCGGGUGGCGGAUGGGGAGGGGCACUGGGACGUGUAUGGGGAGGGAGCAGGUGCUGCGAUGGGUGGCUGUGGGGACUGGGUCUUGUUGGACGGCUUCAUUCGCUUUCUGGAGGGCCUCAACCGCAUAAGACGACGGCAUCGCUCUGACAGGAUUAUCAGGCAAAAGGGCACACCAAUAAAAGGACUACAGGUGACCAGUCCUAUUCUGCCUUACCCAACUGAGCCUGUAGCACCGCCACAAGGAAAGAGGGGCACAUCAGCUCUGACAGCUUUGCUGGAGAUGGAGCAGAACCAGAAGACACUGGAGGAGCAGCAGCAGUCCAAACCUUCCACUGCUGUGAGUGAUUUGUCAGGUGUUGCCACAGCUCCCACAUAUGUAGACAGCCCCCGUAAGGACGCUGCCUUUAUUUUGGAUUUUAUACGUAGCCCUCGCUCCUCCUACAUCUAUCAUUCUCAGCUGCCUGCGGAGACCACUGAGUCCUUAGAGAAAGGAGUACAGCCAGGAGCGACAGCUGGAGCACCGAUACCUGCUGGGGAAACUGCAAACAGCAGCACAGACACCAGUGGGCACUCUGCAGCAGGGGCUCUUUGUCUGUCCUCCUCAUCAACACUAAUGGAGAUCCUCGAGGCCAUCAAACAUCCCACGACCGGUGUGCAGCUGCUCCCAGAACAGAAAGGCCUCCCACUCAACUGCUUCAUAAGCGCUGAAGUUGUUCAUUGGCUGGUCAACAAUGUGGAGGGUGUGGCCACACAAGGGAUGGCUGUGGAUAUCAUGCAGAAAAUGCUGGAUGAAGGUGUGGUGGCUCAUGCUUCAGGAGAUGCCAUGCGCACAUUCGUCUACGGCUUCUACUUCUAUAGGAUAGUAGGAGAAAAAGAUGGCCUGACCUCCCAGGUUCAGACUCCUGCUGGGGGCUGGUCGACUGCAGCAGUGGAGGAUUUUGCUCUUUUUCACAGAAAGUGGUUUGAGGUGGCCUUUGUGUUAGAGGAGCGACUGCCCUGUGACCUCCCAGCGUUUCUCUUGCCCUGGCUCCCCAGUCGGGCCGCCUCCUAUGCAAGUAGGCACAGCUCCUUCAGCCGCAGCUUUGGGGGACGCAGCCAGGCCGCCGCACUUCUAGCUGCCACAGUUCCAGAGCAGAAGACGGUCACACUGGACGUGGACGUCAACAACCGCAGUGACCGAACCGAAUGGUGCAGCUGCUAUUACCAUGGCAACUUCUCUCUUAAUGCUGCCUUUGAAAUCAAGCUCCACUGGAUGGCUGUCACAGCUGCAGUGCUUUUUGAGAUGGUUCAAGGUUGGCACAGGAAAGCAACCUCCUGUGGUUUUCUGCUGGUUCCGGUUCUGGAGUUUCCUUUUGCACUAACGUCUUAUCUCUAUGGAGACCCACUGAGAGCCCAGCUCUUCAUCCCUCUUCACAUCCAGUGUCUGCUGAAGAACACCAGCGACAACCUGUUUGAAGGUUUUGAGCCAGAGACAUACUGGGACAGGAUGCAGCUCUUUCAAGAAGCCAUCCUCUACAGGUUUGGCUUUGUACACGACAAGUUUUCAUCUUCAGCUUUUAAUUUCCCUGCCGAGAACAAGUCUCAGUACGUCCAUGUUACAGGCACUGUGUUCCUGCAGCUGCCGUAUUCUAGGAGGAAGUAUUCCGGAGGCCAGACGCGACGCCGCAGAAAUUCCACCACCUCCAACAGCCAGGGGCCGUUUGGAAGCGAGGAGAAGGUGGGCUAUUACUGGGCCUACAACACCAUGCUAACCAAAGCCUGGAGGACAGGACUGUUGGGCGACGAACGGCUGGCUGACCGCCUGCUCAGAGACUUAACUGACUUCUGCUCUAACAAAGACAACAGACUACAGAACUUCUGGGACAGCUGCCAGGAGAAAAUGAACGCCAGCGCCCCCUGACUGAAUACCUUAUUUUUAUUAAUCGUUCUACAUUUUCAUGCUUUUUUCACACAGUUUGGACUUUGAGAUUGAACGUUGCUGAGAUAAAUAUUUAAAUUGACUUGCUGGUGAUGACGGAAUGGAUGAGGCUGCCUGCAUCAACAUCAGUGUUACUGUUUGUUGAAAUGGAGCUGUACUGUAAACCUGCAGUCAGCUGGGAGGAGAAACGGGAUUUAAGCCAAACUGUUUCUGUGUUUGCUCAUUUAAAUUAAAUCAUUUCUAACAA